UCACUGCUGCAGCUCCCGGCUAAAGCCUCAGGGCUCCCUGCCCCCCCCCCCCUAAACCAUCCAGUUUGGGAAGGGGAAGCUUCGCCCCAGCUGCUUUUCCCGUUGGGAAGCUGAAUAAACAGAGCUUUUCCUGCCCAAAUGGGGUUUAUCGGGAUCAGGCGCAUCCUGCCUGUGCUGCUGGGCGAUGCUCGGGGGCCUCUUUGGUGAUGGGGGGAUGUGGUGAUGUGCAGCAUUGUGCCUCAGUUUCCCCAUCUGUAAUGCUAAAGCGGGGGAUGCCCUGAGCUGGAAGUCAUUAGCUGGGAAAUGGGGGUAAGCAGGGAGGGAAUGGGAAGCCAGGGGACAUGGGAACACUCCCAAAAAGGGUUUGCAAAAGGAGAUCCUAUCGCAACCCCAUUUUUAACAGGAAAAGUGAGAUUUUUCUGUUGCCCACCGGGAGCUUAAUCCCAAAUGGGGGCAAAAAGAAGGAAUAAAGGGGAUUAAAAGGCCUACAAACAGGCAGGGCUUGGCCACAAGGGCCUGAAAAUGGGAGAUUUUGGCUGCUGCCUCACCGGGACCCUUUACCCUGUGUCCUCCCAGGCACGAGGCUGUUUAUUGCCGUGACGUGGGACGGGGACACUCGCUCCUUCUCCCUUUCCGGGAAGGCGAGGAGGGAGGCGGGCUGAGGCUGAAGGGCAGCAGGGCCUCCGGAGCUCCCAGUGUGCCCACAGGUUUUGCUCUCUCAUUUUGCCCUAAAACCAAACCCAGGUCCGUGCUUUUGGCGAUGCUGUCGGGGAAAGCGGAGAAGAGGAUGGUUUCAUCGGUCUUCAUCACCCUGGUGCCACCGCGGAGGGAGGUGGCCACCAAGGAGAAAACCCAAAGGGAGCUGCAGCCAGAUGGGGACAAGGUCCCAGGCACCCAUCACCCCUGGACCCCGCUGCCCUGGCCCCCGGCGUUGCCCAAUGGAGAAACCUGCCCAGCAGCCCCUCUGCCUUCAUCCCCAACGGUCCUUGUCCUCUCCGAAGCUCCCCAGCCCUUGUCUGCAGAGACACUGGUUCCAGCGCUGCAGCAACUGGACCUUGCAGCACCCACCACCCUCCAGGCCCCUUCUGCCCUCCCUGCCGAAUUGAGGCCACCCAAAUUCUGCCAGGAGCAAGCCGGCAAGCCGCAGCGGCGGGAUGCAGAAGGGUACCCAGAGAGGGACAGCUCCAGAGACAUCUGCGCCUUCUGCCACAAGGCACUGGGGCCGCGGGAGCCGACAGUGGAGGCCAUGGGGAAGCAGUACCACGCCGAGUGCUUCACCUGCAGGAUGUGCCCCCGGCUCCUGGCCGGGCAGCGCUACUACCAAAAGGAUGGGCGUCCCAUGUGCGACGCCUGCUACCAGGCCACACUGGAGAAAUGCGCCAAGUGCCAGGGGCUGAUCACGGAGCGCAUCGUCCGUGCCCUGGGCAAAGGCUUCCAUCCUGACUGCUUCUCCUGUGCUGCCUGCGGCCGGGCCAUCGGCACUGAGAGCUUCGCUGUGGACGAGCAGGAUGAGGUGUACUGCGUGGCCGACUUCUACAGGAAAUACGCUGCGGUCUGCAGCGCUUGUGAGCGCCCCAUCAUCCCCCACGAGGACAAGGACACCUACAAGAUUGAGUGCCUGGGACGCAGCUUCCACGAGAGCUGCUACUGCUGUGAGAGCUGCCGGACACCCCUGUCACCAGAGCUGACAGAGGAUGGGUGCUACCCCCUGGACAACCACCUCCUCUGCAAGUCCUGCCACAUCCGCUGGCGAAGCGAGUCGUCCUGCUAAAACCCCGUGGUUCAACCUCCAUCUUCCAGCACCGGACACCAAACGGGGUGCAUCCACUAGUG